AUGGCGCAUUUAGAAUGGAUGGGUCCGUUCAGUGAGGUACGCAGAUGCAUCCACCGAGACACCGGUCAGCAGUUUGCUGUCAAGAUAGUGGACGUGGCCAAAUUCACAUCUAGCCCCGGACUUAGCACAGAAGACCUGAAAAGAGAAGCAUCAAUAUGUCACAUGUUAAAGCAUCCACACAUUGUUGAAUUAUUGGAGACAUACAGUUCAGAUGGACUACUCUAUAUGGUUUUUGAGUAUAUGGAAGGAGCAGACCUGUGUUUUGAGAUUGUCAAAAGAGCGAAUGCAGGCUUCGUCUACAGUGAAGCAGUAUCAAGCCAUUAUAUGAGACAGAUCAUGGAGGCAUUACGGUAUUGCCAUGACAACGAUAUUAUCCACCGUGACAUUAAGCCACAUUGUGUAUUACUAGCCACCAAGGAAAACUCGGCCCCAGUCAAACUAGGAGGGUUCGGGAUUGCUAUUCCUCUACCGUCGUCAGGCCUCAUUGCCGGAGGGCGGAUUGGUACACCACACUUCAUGGCACCGGAGGUGGUGCGCCGUGAACCAUACGGUAAACCCGUCGAUAUCUGGGGUUGCGGUGUGAUGCUCUUCAUCCUACUCAGCGGUUCUCUGCCGUUCUUUGGAACCAAGGAUAGACUCUUCGACAUGAUCACCAAGGGAAGAUAUAAUAUGAAGCCCCGCCAGUGGGAUCACAUUUCUGGCGACGCCAAGGAUCUGAUCCGCAGCAUGCUGUGCGUCGACCCUCGACAGCGUAUCACAGUAGAGGAAGCCCUUGCUCACCCUUGGCUAAGGGUAGGUCCACCAACCCCCACGGAGAGGGACAAGUUUGCACCCAAGAUACACCUGUUAGAGACGGUGGAGGAGCUUAAGAAAUUCAAUGCCAGGAGAAAACUGAAGGGUGCUGUAUUAGCAGCUGUAGCCAGUCACAAGUUCACAAGCUUCUACAGUGACCCCAACACAAAACACAUCACAGACUUUGCAGAUGAUGAUCCUACAUCUUCAGGUGCUGUUGCCCAGGUGUUGGAUAGCCUUGAGGAGAUCCAGUGCUUGACAGACUGCGAUGAGAAGGAUCUAGACUUCCUACACACAAUCUUUGAAGAUACACAGCUACACUCGCUGCUUGAUGUAAGUUAGUCUGGUGGUGAUUGUGGUGAUGGUGGUUGGCAUUAUAUCAGUGUCAUUGAUGCAGAUGAUGAUUAUUUUGAUGAAAUU